AUGUCCACUCAACUCGACGCCGCCUCUAUCGCCCGUAUCUCCUUACACGACCCCAACCACUUCGGCAUCCAGCACUCCCAAACCAUCCACCGCCUGGCGCUCCUACAGCACUGGAACAUUCCCACUGACUCCAAGGUCCUGGAACUAGGAUGCGGGCAAGGAGACUGCACGACUGUCCUUGCUAAUGCUGUGGGCGAGCAGGGAAGAGUGGUAGCAGUCGAUCCAGCGGAAUCGGAUUAUGGUUCCCCGUAUACUCUCGGCCAAGCACAGGGUCACAUCUCGCAAGGCCCGCUAGGUGGGCGCAUCACUUGGGUCCAACAAACUCCCCUGGACUACCUCUCCUUCCUCUCUUCCACCUCGUCGCCUGCUAGCGAAAGUAAGGCUUUCGACGCGACAGUGCUCGCCCAUUCCCUAUGGUACUUCGCCUCCCCCUCGCUCAUCCUUUCCACCUUCCGUGCCCUCAAGCAGCACAGCAAGCGUCUCCUCCUUGCGGAGUGGUCGUUAGUAGCGACACACCCCUCUGCGCAGCCUCACGUAUUAGCUGCGCUCACCCAGGCAGCGCUGGAGUGUCGAAAGUCCGAGGACAGCGAAUCGAACGUCCGCACAGUGCUGUCUCCAAAGCGGCUUACCGAGCUGGCCGUGGCUGCUGGGUGGCAGCUGGAGAGUGAGACCCUCGUGCAGGGUGGGGAGGAGUUGUCGGACGGAAAAUGGGAAGUUUCUGCUUGUCUUGAUUCCUCUUUCGAAAGGGAAGUGGAGGAGCAAGUGAGUGAUGAGAGGGAACGGGCGGUGGUUCUUGCGUCACGGGAUGCGUGUGAGGCGAGCUUGGAGGGUAUACAGGGGGGUCGGAAAGGAGUCAGGUCCAUGGAUGUUUGGGUUGCUAGUUUCGUCUGA